GGGAAGAGGAGGGUUGGCGCGCCGGAGGAGGAGGAUGGAGAGGAGGACGAGGAGGAUCGGCGGCCGGGAGGAUGAGUAGGAGAAGGAAGGGGAGUGGGAGGAUCAUCGGCAAGCCAGAGGAGGCGGCCCGCGGCGCUUGAGUCGCCGGGUGGGCCGGGAGCCCGGAGAAGCGCUUCGGUGCCUGGCCUGGGCGCCAGCCGGCCCCGCCCCCGGGCACGCUCCCGACUCCGCCCCCGAGAUCGCCCCGCCCCGGCUCCGCCCCCGGACGCGUCCCGGCCCGCCCCGCCAUCUGCGCUCGGUCGGCCGGCCUGGGAGCUUGGGGCUGCCGCGGGCUCCGGGGGUCGGCGAGACCGUGGACCUGCAUGCGCCUGGCGACCGGGCUUCUUGGGCUUUGUGAGACCCCAGACGGGACACCUGCCCCCUCCAGAAUGAAAGUCUUCCUGCCUAUGCUGCUGGCUGCCCUCCUGGGAGUGGAUCGAGCCCACUCCCUGGUGUGCUUCUCUUGCACGAAUCAGAACAGCAAUUUUUACUGCCUGAAACCGACCGUCUGCUCUGACUCGGACAACUACUGCGUGACCAUGUCUGCCGCCGCGGGCAUUGGGAACAUAGUGGACUUGGGCCACUCCUUGAACAAAGGCUGCUCCCCGAUCUGCCCUGGGCCCCCGAGUGUUAACCUUGGUGUGGCGUCCGUGGGCGUCCACUGCUGCCAGAGCUUCCUGUGCAACAUCAGCGCGGCCGAUGGCGGGCUGCGGGCCAGCGCCACCAUGCUGGGCCUGGGGCUCCUGCUUAGUCUGCUGUCCGCUCUGCUGCGGCUUGGCCCCUGACCACUGGGGCCCUGUGCCCGGCCCAGACUCCCUAAGCUCAGGAAGGAAAGCCCAGCCCCUCCCAGACCCCAAGAGGAUAUCAGAGCCUCCUCCUCCAACUUGUCACCCUGCCUGAUGACACCCCCCUGGUCCCCACAGUCACGCCUGCCCCCUGCACCUACACCUGCCAGCUGCCCUCACUUCCGGGGUCAAUGAUGUGACCUUCCUCGGGAAACCUGGGAAGGGAUGAAGGUCCCCCUGGAGCCUGAGGGUCCUGGAGUCAGAACCGAGUCCCGGGGACCAUAGAAGGGGCAUUUACGCCCCGGGCCCCAUCCUGUCUGCCCCAGGUGGUGUGGAUGAUGCGCUUCGUGCCACUGUGUCUCAAAAGAGGAAGGGUGCUUGGGUACACUCAGCUGUGUGGACAGGGGUGCAGUGUGCCCCUGCCGUGUGUGCAUGUGUGUGGCUGUGUCGGGCUGUGUUUGGAGGGGGUGGGGGUAAGGGUCAGGAGUCCGACAUUAGCAGCCCCGAGAGCUCCCACACCAGCACUCCUUUUCUCUGGCAUUUCAUACCCCACAUUUCACUCACUACGAGGGCAGUCUUUUGGGGGACAGAGGUUCCACUGCUUUCAGGUCUGGGCUGCUGGCCCCAGGAACCGGCUCCCAAUCCCAACUCCUGCUGCGGCCCCCACCCCUCCUCCACCCCAUGCUGGAGCCCUCCUGCUGCUUUGUGCCUCAAAUAAAAACAGAUGUUCCACCCCUCCCUGCA